CAUCAUCAUCAUCAUCAUCACCAUCAUCAUCAUCAUCAGCAGCAGCAGCAGCAGCUGCAGCAUCAUCGACAGCAGGAUCAGUGUGAUGAAGCAGCGCAGGAUUGAGACCUUUCUGCUCUGAGACCUUAUCAGCCUGCACACAGGAUGGCUGACGUUAUGAACUCUUUGGAACCUGAGACGGAGGACUUUAGUGGAGGAGGAGCAGAAGAUCAAGACCCAAUCUUCCCGGAUACACAUGAGAGGUAUCCAAAGCUGUCCAAGAGGCUUCCCUCCAUUGUGGUGGAGCCAACGGAUGCGACCGAAGUGGAGAGCGGAGAGCUCCGCUGGCCGCCAGAUGAUCCCGGCUCCUCAGACCCACAAAGUGAAAGACGGAGAGCAGAUGAUCAAACUGUAGGUGAGGAGAAGUCAACUGUUGGAGAUAGUGAAGAGGCCAAAGGAGUGGAGAUGCAGGGCUCAAACUGAACAAACAUAUGAAAUACACUGUUACUGUAAGUCUGGCCAGAGCACAUAAGAACAAGAUAAAGGAGCAGAUUCUGAGGUCAGAAAUGAAUAGUGAGCUAAAGUGAGGAGGGACUGACAAGCAUAAUUUUAAACCCCGGCUUAAUGGACUUGGAGCCAGAGAUGAGUCAUGUUUUCGUUCUUCUUUACAUUUGAAGGUUUUUUUUUAUUUCUGAUACCCUGAGGUCAAAAAGGGGAUUCAACAAUACAUCCAGCUACUUUCCACCAAUUUGUUCUCUGACUGAAAUCUCUCAAACAGAACAGUUGGCUGCUUCCAAAUAAUGAUAGAAAUAAUGCAAUAACUCUUUGCAGUAAUCUAUAUUUUGAUACCAGAAAUGUUGUUUUCAUGAGACUCUUUUUCCCCUCUGGCUCCAAGUUCUCAAUGUGCCUCAUGCACAUGACCAUCAGCACAUAUGUGUGGACAGAUAUCUCUAAAUACUUAAUUUAGUAUUUAGCUUUGAGUGCCAUCUUAUUAUUAAUGGUAGCUAAAGUAUUUUGUGCACACUUUUACACACUUUAGAUGAAGAUGAAUCAUUGUUAGAUCCUGACUGCUGUGGUAAAUGUGAUCUUAGUCUCACUCUUCAUCUUGAAAAUAGGCUAUAAUAUUUAAUAUGUAUCUUUUAUUCGAUGUUUUACUAUUGUAUAAUAAAUGAUCU